AUGGCUAAGGAGAAGGUACCAACAGUUAUGAAGGAGAAGACUGGUGCAGCAUACAAUCCGUUGACAGAUGUCACAAGCGCCUUAAAAAUAACUUUCAAUGACUACUUCCACACUCUCACACCUCGUUUAAAGUUGAUUGACACUUUCCUUGCCUUCUUGGUAGCAUUAGGGAUUUUACAGUUUGUAUAUGUGGUGUUGAUUGGUAACUUUCCUUUCAAUGCCUUCUUGGGAGGUUUCUGUUCUUGUGUAGGACAGUUUGUUUUAACUGUGAGUUUGCGUUUGCACUUGAAAGAAUCGAUGCUUGAAGAAAACAAUGAAUCAGACACUCCUGAUUCAAAAAAGAGCAAAAGCGAUGAAGAUAAUACAAUUGGAUUGGCCAAUGUGGGUGUUGAGAGAACAUUUGCGGACUUCUUAUUUGCCAGUUUGAUAUUGCAUUUCAUCGUCUACCAUUUUAUAAAUUAG